AUUUUUAAAUACAAAACCGUUUAAAAGACAUCUAUAACCUUAAUGAAACCAGAUAAUUACAUAACCCGACAACAGAAACCCGACCCACCCAAACCCAUAUGGGUACAACCCGGUUCUUAAAUCUAAACGCUGCGUUUUAGACUCAUUUUCUCAUUUCUCAGGUUUCGUGUCUCUCUCUCUUCUGUUAUCGGCUUGCGACAGAUUCGAUUUGGGAAACACUUCACUCAAAAUCAAAAGUUAGGGUUCCAUCGAAAAGUUGUCAGAUUCGAUUUCACCCGUGAUUAAAUCCUCUUUCACCUGUGAGAAGGGCUUUGAUUUCUCUGGAAAGCAUUCGAAACUUUUCUAUUGAGAAGGGUCAAUUUGGCCGGGUCUUGUUAUCUCCGCUACCAAAAUAUUUGGUGAUGAGAACCACCGAUCUCUAUCGACUUUUCUGCAGCAAGUCAAAACUAUGGAGGUCCCAAAACUAUUUAGCACCGGUUAAAUGAUUUAUGGCUCUUGAUUAUGUAUAUGUCAAGAGAUCAAUGCCUCCAAGUGUUUUGUUAUUUCGUUGAUUGAGAACUGCCAGAAUCAAGAUGACAUUGAUAGGUUUUUUGAUGUUCUUCGGAACUUCUGUAGAUUUGUGGAUAACAGUGGUGGUGGAUCGGUGGUGGUGGAAGACUGGAAUGAGCGGUGGUAGAGGAGAGAGUGGUGGCAGAGGAAGAGAUGGUGGUGCCGUGGUUGUUUUGGUGGUGAUGCAAGGAGCGGUGGCAGAGGAAGAGACGGUUGUGGCCGUGGAUUCAGACUUAGUUUCACUCCCUAAGUGUUUGGACGAGAAUGAAGACGACGGUGGAUUGGCCAGUGUUCUGAAAGUAGUCAAGGAAGCUCGCUGUGGAUUUUUAAAAGGUGUAUAUGUGUGAGAAGAGGACAACUGGAACCAGAUGCUUCACGACGAUGGAAGAUAUAUGAUGCAACACGAAUAGAAGAGCUUAUGAAGAAAAUAAAACUAUUCAAACUCCAACCGCUUGAGAAGAUUGAAGAGGCUUCUUUAAUGUUGUCAUUGUUGUGUGUAUGUCUUUUUGCAUCAAUAAUCCAGUUCAUUGUUAACUAUGUUUGUGGAGUUCAAUAUCUGAGAGUGUUAAGCUUUUAACUGAAAAAAAUGUAUAGAGAUAGUUCCUUCGUCCUACCUUCUCUCUUGAAUCUGCAGUUUAUCAUAUGUUUUUACUCUAACUCUAUGCACUUGUACUUUUUUAAAUUUUCUCAGUUUAUCAUAAUACAUUUCGUAUUC